CCGCCCCCAAACAUGGCUUUUUAAACCCUCUCCACGGUGCGCGCGAGGGAGCCAACUUUCCUCCCUUUCCCCCCUUCCCCGCAUAAAACACAGCUGCCGCCUCUUUCUCCGUUUAUUUUGCGCCCCCCCCUGCCCACUUUUCCGUCAAGGGGGUGGGGUGGGGGUCGGGCUGAGGCUUCUGCUGCUCCCGCCGCGCCGCCUCAUGCGGCCAUGGCCGCCCCGGCUCCCCUGAUCCCGCCGGCGCAGCUGGUGCCCCCUCAGCCGCCCAUCUCCACCUCGGCCGCCUGCACCGCCACCACCAGCACCAGCACCUCGUCGGCCGCCUCCCCGCCGGCCGCAGCGGCCUCGGCGGUAGCAGCGGCGGCGGCAGCAGCCUCGUCGGGGGCGGCCAGCCUGUUCCGGACGGAGCCCGUCGCGGCGGCGGCGGCGGCGUCCGCCACAGCCGCCUCCAGCAACGGAGGCGGGGAGAGCAAUGGCAGCGCCAGCUUGGGCACCGGCAGCGCUUCCAGCGGAGGAGCCUCCAGCGCAGGGGGCGGCGGCGGCGGCCCCCCGCCUGCGCCCAGCGCGGGCACCUCUGCCGGCGUCGGCGUGCCGGGCAAGCCGGUGUACUCGACCCCUUCGCCGGUGGAGAACACGCCUCAGAACAACGAGUGCAAGAUGGUGGACCUGCGGGGCGCCAAGGUGGCCUCGUUCACGGUGGAGGGCUGCGAGCUGAUCUGCCUGCCUCAGGCCUUCGACCUCUUCCUCAAGCACCUGGUGGGCGGCUUGCACACCGUCUACACCAAGCUCAAGCGCCUGGAGAUCACGCCCGUCGUCUGCAACGUGGAGCAGGUCCGGAUCCUCAGGGGCCUGGGCGCCAUCCAGCCCGGCGUCAACCGCUGCAAGCUCAUCUCCAGGAAGGAUUUCGAGACCCUCUACAACGACUGCACCAACGCAAGUUCCAGACCUGGUCGGCCUCCUAAGCGGACUCAAAGUGUCACCUCUCCAGAGAAUUCACAUAUCAUGCCACAUUCUGUCCCUGGUCUUAUGUCUCCAGGAAUCAUCCCACCAACAGAUGCUUAUGGACUCGCACAUAUGUACAGCUGCUCUGCUACUGGUCUGACAGCUGCAGCUGCUGCAGCAGCCGCUGCCACCAAUGCAGCCAUUGCAGAAGCAAUGAAGGUGAAAAAAAUUAAAUUAGAAGCUAUGUCGAACUAUCAUGCCAGUAAUAAUCAGCACGGAGCAGAGUCUGAGAAUGGGGAUCUGAAUUCUAGUGUGGGAAGCACUGAUGGUUCUUGGGAUAGAGAGAAACUUCAGUCCCCCCCAACCCAAGGAUUGCAGGCCUCUGUUAACCACCCCAGCAUGCCUGGACAGCAUAACAUUCCAGUUAAUCAUCCUCUUAACCCUCUCCAAAAGAACCACCUUCUGCCAAAUGGCCUGGAGCUCCCUUUUAUGAUGAUGCCCCACCCGCUCAUUCCUGUCAGCCUGCCACCAGCAUCUGUGACAAUGGCAAUGAGCCAGAUGAACCACCUUAGCACGAUUGCAAACAUGGCCGCCGCAGCACAAGUGCAGAGUCCUCCCUCAAGAGUUGAAACGUCUGUUAUUAAGGAACGCGUUCCAGACAGCCCUUCCCCUGCUCCAUCCCUCGAAGAGGGCCGAAGGCCGGGUAGCCACCCAUCCUCUCAUCGUAGCAGCAGUGUAUCCAGUUCUCCUGCCAGAACCGAAAGUUCUUCAGACAGAAUCCGGAACACCAGUCUGCUGAGACAGUUCGGCCUCUGCUUUGAUCUUCUUGCUGCAGAUCUUCUUACACAGGAAGCUGUCCAUCAGAACGGCUUGUCCAUGAACCAGAUGUUGAUGGGCUUAUCACCGAAUGUCCUACCUGGUCCAAAAGAAGGUGACCUGGCUGGCCAUGAUAGCGGACAUGAUUCUAAAAGAAUGCACAUGGAGAAAGAUGAGACCCCGCUCUCCACACCAACCGCAAGAGACAGCCUUGACAAACUUUCGCUAACUGGGCAUGGGCAGCCGCUACCUCCAGGUUUUCCAUCUCCUUUUCUAUUUCCUGAUGGAUUGUCCUCCAUAGAAACCCUUCUGACUAACAUCCAGGGCCUGUUGAAGGUUGCCAUAGACAACGCUCGCGCUCAGGAGAAGCAAGUCCAGCUGGAAAAGACAGAGCUGAAAAUGGAACUUUUCAGGGAACGAGAACUGAGGGAAACACUUGAAAAACAGUUGGCAGUGGAACAGAAGAACAGAGCAAUAAUUCAGAAAAGGUUAAAGAAGGAAAAGAAAGCCAAGAGGAAAUUGCAGGAAGCACUUGAAUUUGAAACAAAGAGACGAGAACAAGCGGAACAGACACUGAAACAGGCAGCUUCCACAGAUAAUCUCAGGGUCCUAAAUGACUCUCUGACCCCAGAGAUAGAAGCUGACCGCAGUGGGGGCAGAACAGAUGCUGAGAGGACAAUACAAGAAGUGACCGGAAUGCAGUGCUUUAGAAAUUCAGGUUCAGUGAUUAUGGAAGACUUUAUUUGAAAACUACUGUCAUGUACUGAACAUAUCCAGCUGAAGACCUGUGUGCUACAGUUUAAAGAACUCUGCAGCGAGACAUUUGCCAGUUUGCAAGUUCUGCAAAAACAAAGGUGCUUUUCAGGCAACUUGGCCACUUCAUGUAUCCGUGUGCAGAGGUUUUAUAACUUUUCGAAAGGGCAUCUUCCGUGGGUUUCCUGGGACUUCUCCCCGUGUUGCAGAGAAUGUUUCUACGACUUAUGUAGCACACUUCUUCAACAGCCAGCUAACAAGAAAUUUGCCUAUGGACACUUCCUUGUACAGAACGGCCAGAGUAGGAGCACGACUCUCCUCUGAUUCUUUGAGCACAUCAAACAAAACUUCCACAGUGCCCACUUUUACACCUAAAGACUAUUAUGUAAACCAGCAAGACAGUAUAGAAGCGAAUCUUUCCAAAAGAGGCAUAAGAAAAUUCCGAAAAACAUAAACUAGGAACAGACAAACAAAAGAGUUACACCAACACCACCCUCUUCGAUUCUAGGACAAGAGUAUUGUUUCAUUUAAAGACCUAUUUCCCCGAUAUCCUUUUCAAAAGACCAACACAUUACAAGAAGUCAAAACAAUUUUAUCUUGGGUGGAAAAAAAGUACAGAAUGUAAACAAAGUAAUUUUUACUGUUUGCAAUAGUCUCUCUAAGUAAAGAUUAAAGAUCUGUUAUAAUUUCUGAUUCUAACCUGGCAGUAGUUUGGGAGGGGGAGUGACAAGAUGUUGCUUCUUAUUGAAACUGUUGGUCAAAUGUACAGUUAUAUAAUCACAAACCACACACAGAAGGUAUUAUGUAUGCCGUAGAAUACUAGAUUUUAGGAAAACAACAAUUUUAGAUAAUAUGUUUUUGUCACCCUGUUGGUCCAAACGACACCUUUCUGAUUUUAACGCAUGCAGGCAUGUAAAUAUUUGUCCUGAAGUCACAGUAUUAACGAACGGGAUCUGGGGAUGACAGCCACUUUUAUUUGUAUAUUGGUCAGUGCUGUGAAGCAGCACUUUUAAGAGUAAAUUGUGGCUCAAGAGCUAGUCAACCCGCCAGAAAUAUUUUUGUAUGUUAAUGUCAUAUUACGUCAAAUUUGCUGGGGAGGGGGAAACCUCAGAGGCUAAACAGACACUUGAUGUUAUCAGUCCAAUACCACGUAGAGCUAAGUGAUAAAGUUGAAGUCUUUUGUCCUUCCUGCCUGCCUUGUCUUAAGCAAGGCUGGUUGCGUGUUAUUUUUACUGUCUUUAUAAAUGCUAUGAUAUCUGUUCUCCACCUUUGUGCUCAUAACUGGAAGCAAGCUGUGACACAGUGCUUAUUACAUCCUAAAUUAUCUUCUUUACUCCAAGUUACCCCUUUAAAGACUGCUUUGUUGACUAAUAGCCACCCUACGCGCUCACAUUCUUCCUCUUCAAUGUUUAUACGCAUACGUUUUGAAUAAAAAUGUAAUCGGAACCACUGACAUGUAAAAUGUCUCACCUGAAGUAAUGCUGUCAAAACAACACCGCAGUCCAAAUUUAAAUAAUUCUGGUUUUGGUGGUUUUUAAAUUCUUAUUUUUUGCCCUGGUAAUAGUGCUUCGGAAUUGGUCUUUUGUGGCCUGUCUCUUGUGAUUUCACAUCGAGAAAUAAAACCAUUUCUCCCCAUAGAAUUAAAAGAGGCAUUAGGGACUAUUUUGUCAUUCAAACAUUGUUACAGGAUACUUCGCAAUAGAUAUGUUAAUAAUAAUUAAAAGACUACAGUGGUUCUCCCCCCACCCUCCAAAGUGCAGUCUUUAAAGGGUUAACAGCUGUCAUUAGAUGGACUUUGUGGCAAACUGUUAAAUUAUUUAUAUGAGAGAAAAGAGGGGUGUUUUUUGUUAAUUAAAAAAAAAAUCUACAAAUGAAAUCUGUAGCAUCUCUUAUCAUUGCUCUUGCUCCUUGCAGAGAGUCACCUGUAAGUAGGCUUAAUCGUUCAUAAAGUGUAUACUUUCCAGACUCUUUGGGUAUGCAUCAUCGUUUGGUUUGGUACCUACAUAAAGGAAAUGCUAAGAAUAAUGAGGAAAAGAAGUAUAUCUUACUAAAAACAAGUGUAAAUAUUACAGUUCGUUAAAUGCUACCGUAUGAUGAAUUUGGGUCUCUUUUGCCCCUCUUUAGUUACACACAAAGGUUUUUCCUUUUGCCUAGAUUAUGAAGAAAUGUUGUGUUCAUGUUAUUGUUUAAAUGCUUUUUGUAAUCUUAAGAGAUAUUAAUGUCUAGUUGUUCUAUAUUAUAACCACCUUUGCGCUCUAUGCAAGCCCUUGGAACAGAACAUUCUCAUCUUCACGUAGGACCUAUGAAAAUUGUCUAUUUUUAUCUAUAUAUUUAAAGUUUUCUAAAAAUGAGAAAAAAAAUUAUUAUGAAUUUUGUUGUACAAAAUCUGUACAAAAAUCUGUUUUUACAUCAUAAUGCAAGAAUUGGAAAAUUUUUCUAUGGUAGCCUAGUUAUUUGAGCCUGGUUUCAAUGUGAGAACCACGUUUACUGGUAUUGUAUUUAAUUUUUCUCUUUUUUUUCCCUCCUCCUUUUCAACAAUCUGCUAAUAAAACUGUCUGAAAUCUG